AUGGACACUCAGGCUUGUAUUAGAUAUGGAACAACAUAUGCAACUAUUGGAGCCAUAUACUGGGAUGAUGUGAAGCAGGCCAUGCUAAAGAUAGACCAAACAAAUAUCCCAGGUCCUGAUGGAUAUGGAAGUGGAUUUUAUAAAAAGACAUGGCGGAUAGUUGGAGAAGACAUCACUGAUGCAGUCUUGGAAUUCUUUCAGAAUGGGAAACUACUGAAGAAAGUGAAUGAAACCAAUAUAGAACUUAUUCCUAAGGUGGAUGUACUAGAACGACCAAUUGCAUGUUGUAAUAUUCUUGAUAAAUGCAUUUCAAAACACUGA